GAUAUCCAGAUUCAAUCUUAGGAUCAAACAAAUUUGAAGUAUAUGACGACGUCAAGACGUCGGAUAAUCUGACAUAUCAGCAGACCGCAUUCUAUAUUUUUGCAAUAGAAUCUAAAUGGAGAGUUCAAUCUAUCGAUUAA